UCUGAAUCCACCAUCCAAGCCACUAUUUAUGUGUCUACACAAGAUAAAUUGUUUCUUGGAAGAAGUGACGGUUCAAUAAUGACUAUGAGUGCUUGUCAAGUAAUAAUGGUUGCUUUAUUGGAUGGUUACAAUAACGAAUCCACCCCAUUCAAAAUUCUUCAAAAUGGUCAUUCUAGUUCUGUGACAUGUUUUCUCUAUCCUUUUGCUGAAAGCAAUAGAUAUAAUCCAAAUCUAUUACUUUCUGGUAGUGCUGAUUUUUCUGUUAUUGUUUGGAAUGUAACAACUGAUGAGAGGCUUCAUCGUUUUUCUUCACAAGGAGGAACUAUUACUCAAUUGCUUGUUCCGCCAGUUAAUUCCAAUGUGAGAUUUUUUAAUUUUGUCCGCAAAAUUUUUUCCGCAAAAUUUAUCAACUCUAUAAUAAAAAACGAAAAUUGUUUAAAAUUUAAAAAUUUAAACACCCAUAAAAAUUGUUUACUAAAGAAUAUUUUCUUUUAAAUCCCCCUAGAAUUUCUUCCAAAAUUUCCUAAAAUAUUUAAUGCCCUCCCCUAGGUCGACGUCCUCUUCGACCUCCUCUACCAGCUUCACCUUGACCUCCUCCCUGGCCACUACUAUGCCCUUCAUGUUGACUACUUCGACUAGUAUGUUGCUGCUGUCCUCCAUGUUUUAUACCUCUAAGUUGAUUGUAGUUUGUUGAACAAACGUUGUAAAUCUAUUUUUUAUUAUAAAAAUUGGUUAAUGUUUUUGAUUUUUUGAAUAUUUUUUUUCUCAAUAAGUUAUGUAUCUCUCGAGCAAAAAACCUUUCUUUUAAACUGAGAGCGAUUUCUAUCUAUUGUUUAAAUAAGAAUACGACAUUUUCAAAUUGUCUGGUGCGGUAUCUAAUGUUUCUCUUGAAAAUUGAUCCGAGCAAGAUU